ACGCUCACGAAUGACGUCAUCAAAGUCCAACGUGGCUUCCAACCGCCUUACAUCAUUCGGCAAUCAAGCGCGUGUUUUGAAUCUGCGGAGUAAACUUCGACACAAAUAGUAAAGAGAGAAAGCUGGACAGGGAGAGAGAGAGAAGAAUUCGGAUCGACUACCAACCUGCUCUGUCGAUCGUUUCUCUUUCACUCUCCAAAACCCUACUUCCGUAAAUGAUUAAACUUCUUGAACCCCUAUACUCUAGGGUUUAGAUUUAUUGAAUCGUCGAUGUUUGAAACCCUAGUCUUGGAUCAAAAUCAAGUUGAUUGAGUGCACUUCUGGGGUUGUUGACAAAAGAUUUCGAAAAAUUAGGGCUUUAUUUUUGGUGGGUGUUGUUACAUGUAUGGCGUCGGGGACCUUGGGCGCCAACGAUUCGAAUUCGAGAGAGAAGAAUAGGUGGGGUGAGAAUCAAAUAGUUUAUACGCGGAAGAUUCACCACCGCAAAACCCUCAAGAACAACACCUCAGCCACUACUAUCCCCUCCAACACCGCCACUGCUACCCCCUCCACCACCGUUACCGACACCAAUAAUAACAACGAGAAUAACAACACCAAGAACGAAAACGACAAGGUUCCACAACGGUCUUCGCAAACGUUAGCUACAGAAGAUGCGAAUUCGGCUGGGCAGCGGCAGCCGACGCAGUCUCGAACUGAUGCGGUGUCUGAUGAUUCCUCGAGCCACAAUCGCCUACCCCAAGCGGUGGUGCUGGAUGAGCGUGGGCCAUCUGGCAGAAAUGGGGCAGUGAACGGGUUUGUGAAGCCUUUGAUUACAAGGAUUGAUGAUAGAGUCAAGAUCAACUUGGGGGCAGAAGAGAGACCAAAGAAUGAGAUUAGGGAGCUUAGGCGGAAGCUAAUUUGCGAGCUUUAUCAGGUUAGGAGUUUAGCCAAGAAGCUUGAAGCUAAGGAGGCUCAGCUUACUGGGUAUAAUACUACUACUGAUGGCAGUGUUGUUGGUGGUGGUUAUAUUCAAUCCCAAUAUUCGAGAAAUGGUUUGAGAGAAAGAAGGGAAUUAUUGAGAGCAACUUCGGAGGUGGGUCCUCUGGGACAGCAUGAUUCCAUGCCUUCUGGCCAGCUAAGUGUUUCAGUUAGCGAUAACACUCGGACUCCUGGGGUUGGUGGGGAAUUUGUUGAGAAGGAGAAGAGGACUCCAAAGGCUAAUCAGUAUUACCGGAACUCAGAUUUCCUUCUUGGGAAGGAUCGGUUACCUCCAGAAAGUGCCAAGAAGUUGAAGUCCAAUGGUGGGAAGAAGCACAGAGGAGAGAUGGAUUAUGGGUUUGGUGUUGGUAAGAACAGGACUCAAGUGUUUAGGGCUUGCAGCAAUUUGCUUCAGAGGUUAAUGAAGCACAAGCAUGGUUGGGUGUUUAAUGAGCCAGUGAAUGCAAAGGCAUUGGGGUUGCAUGAUUAUCAUGAUGUUAUUAAAUGCCCAAUGGAUUUGGGUACAAUUAAGACUAGGCUAGCUCAGAACUGGUACAAAUCUCCAAGGGAGUUCGCAGAGGAUGUGAGACUUACAUUCCACAAUGCCAUGACCUAUAAUCCAAAAGGGCAAGAUGUACACGUUAUGGCAGAACAGUUGUCACAGAUUUUUGAAGAGAGGUGGGCAGUUACAGAGACUGAAUAUAAUCCUGAAUGGAGGUAUCAAAUGUAUCAUGAUUCUGGGUUACCCACUCCCUUUUCCAGAAAGGCUCCUCCUGCUUAUCCCCCUGCCUCUCUAAUUAGGACUUUGGAGCGAUCAGAAUCCAUGAUAGCCCCUGCUGAUUCCAAGAUGAAACCUUCAAAUUCUGCUCCUGUUGGAAGGACACCUGUUCCAAAGAAACCUAAAGCUAAGGAUCCCAAUAAAAGAGACAUGACUUUUGACGAAAAGCAGAGGCUUAGCACCAACCUUCAGAGCUUGCCUUCUGAAAAGCUUGAUGCUAUAGUUCAGAUCAUCAAGAAAAGGAAUUCGGCGCUAUCUCAGCAUGAUGAUGAGAUAGAAGUGGACAUUGAUAGUGUUGAUGCAGAAACACUCUGGGAACUUGAUAGGUUUGUGACCAAUUACAAGAAGAACUUGAGCAAGAACAAGCGGAAAGCUGAAAUUGCCCUUCAAGCAAGAGCAGAAGCUGGUCAUAUUAUUCCAUCGACGAACCCGAAUCCAGUUGCUGUGGAAGCACCAAAAGAAAGGAAAACAGAUCAAACAAAUGUUUCUUCUUUCCCUCCUGCUGAAGGGGAGAAGCAAGGGCAGAAUGCAAGUAGGUCUAGUACUUCAAGCAGUUCUAGUAGUGAUUCUGGAUCGUCUACAAGCGAUUCUGAUAGUGAUAGUUCCUCUGAAUAUGGAUCAGAUGCAGGGCAUUCACCUGGGACUUGAAUGGAUUUGACCAAAGCAUAUGUUUUUUGAUUGUAUGGUGGCCCACACUCCUUUACAAACAUAAACGAUUGUUGAGAAUGCUUUUGGUUCUGCAAACGAUGGGCAUUGUUGGAGAAGAAUUAUUGUCUGGCUGCCGAACAGAAUGUGUUCUGUUGAAAUUUUGAAAGGUGCAUGGACUUGGAGUUCAGAGAGUUACACUCACUUGAACUUCACAGUCUAUAAUUUUUAAGGUGGUUCCUUUUUAAGAAUAUUGGAGAGAAUCUUAGUUAUGGUGGGUGGUGGGGAGACUUCAUGUAGCAAAUGUAAAUUAUAAAGAAUUGGUGUCAAUCUCAGUUAUGAGAAAUUUGUUCUAGGUUUUAGUCAUGUCAUUGCAGUAUAGUUAUCUUCUAGUAUAAAAGAGGGCAUCCAUUGCGUACAACCGAUAGAGGUUUUUGAUUCUGCAAGUAUCUGGCUUGAGACAGUAAUUUUAUAUGGUGCUUGCUAUGAUAUAGUAGGGGUGCAUGUUGUAUAACGUUAGAUAGCUGUUGGGGGAAAAGGAACAGUCGUGUGUACAGUUUUUGCU